AUUUCGUCCGAUCAGAAACUCAGAGUAGCAUAAGAUUAGCCUUCGACUCAAGGCCGUACUGAUUCAAUCUAUUACUAAAGUUCUGUGAGUUUUCCUAACCAGGAUAUUCUCUGGAAAAUAGCAACAACCAUGACAACCCGGGCUAGUCAACUCGUGCGAGAUCAGAAUGUCAUCAACCUUCACUGUGAUGGACCUUCUAUUGGGACGAACACUAAUAACAGCAGUAUCUCCAAGGAUCAAAAGAAGGGAGGAGGAGGAAUGGUUGGUGCCAGAAGAAGAGCACUUAAUGAUAUAUCAAACGCUGCAACACCAUCUGCACUUCAGGCAUCAUCAAAGAAAACAGCAACCACCAACCCCUCAAUUGUGGGGAAAGAUGUUGAAGAUUCAAAAAAGAAGAAGCAAGUUGGUGGCAGGAAGCCCCUCGGAGAUCUGACUAACUCUACAGCGCUGCUGCUAUCUAAGCCGCAGGUGCACAAAAAAGGGUAUGAUGAGAAAAUGAUCUCUGUGGCUGAGGAGGGGUUUCUGCACAAUCACGACAAGUGCAUCCAAGAACAAAAGAAGGCCAUGGACAUGAGCUGCUGUUUUCUUAAGGAAGCUAAUGAUUCAUCAAAACUAGUAUUACUCACUCCACGUGCUUAUCCACCCCCAUUGAGGUCAAAGGAUGAAGGAGUGAAGAACCAGGGUGAAGGAGUGAAGAACUUGGAAUUGGAAGAACUGCCAGAGUUGCAGCUGACUCCUUUGCACAAUAGCACACCUGUUUGUGGGGAGUCACCAAUGUCUCCAAAGGCGCUGCCACUAUGUAUGGGCUGGGGGGAAGAUGUUCCAGAGUUCUCACUGAUUGAAACCCCAAUGCUCCCAAAGAAGUGUUGAAUGAAUGCCCAGCAGAUUGUUGUCUAAUUAGCCAACAUAUACGUAAAUUUGUGUCUCAAGCUUUAGUAGCUCUAGUAGUUCAGUUUGCUAAGAAGUGGUGUGGUACUUGUGGUUAAAUUUAACUUCAGUGGUUAAAUUUGUUUCCAGAUUUCUAUGCUUGUGGUGUGGUGCUAAGAAGAAACUUCCUCAUCUUUUUAGCUUGUUUUGGAGUAUUAUACUGAGUAUGUUUCAACUUUGUCAAUCGGUCACAUUUUUAAAGGUGAUACAAAAUUAGUUGAAGUGUUCUUAUUGUGAAUGUAGAACCCUAGGUUUUGUUAAAUAUAUGAUGUCUUGUGAAUGUAGAAGUUUUGUCUAUGAUCUUAUAUGUACCAUUUUGUUUGAAUUCUCUAACAUUCUGAAUGAGCAUUUGGAGGAAGUCACAAAUAAAUUGG